AUGGAUGAGACAAUAGUGAAGGUGAGGAAAUUUGUGCGAUAUGUGAGAUCAUCUCCACAAAGACAAAGCACAUUUAAGAUAUGUGUGGAGAAGGAGAAAGUUGACUUUAAAAGUCAGUUAUGCUUAGAUGUGCCCAUUAGGUGGAACUACACCUAUAUUAUGUUGGAGAAGGCUGAAAAGUAUCAAAAGGCUUUUGAGAAAUUGGAGGAAGAAGAUCCAAAUUAUCUUAGGACAAUUAGAGAGGAGGCAAAGGAAGAAGGAAACGAUAGACAUGAGGUUGCUUGGGGAAUGGAUGAUGUGGAUUGGGAAAAGAUUAGGAUCUUUUCAAAAUUUCUUAAAAUUUUCUAUGAUGCAACCUUGCGAUUUUCGGGUGCUAAUUAUGUCAAUAGCAAUUCUUUCUUUUUGGAGCUCAUGUCAAUUCAUGACACAAUUGACUUGGAGUAUGAAAAAUAUAGUUAUUUGUUGAAUAAAAUGGCUGAUUACGUGAAGAACAAAUUUGAAAAGUAUUGGGGGAACUUUGAUAAUAUGAAUCACUUGUUGUAUGUAGGGUUAGUUCUUGAUCCUCGAUACAAGUUGAGGUAUCUGGAGUACUGUUUUGGUACUUUGUAUGAGAACCAAAAGGUUGUUGAUAUGACAAAAAGAGUAAAAGCUGUUUUGGUGGAUAUGUAUAAUGCUUGUGCUCAAAAUCAAGUGGGGAGUAGUAGUGCUAGUGCUGCUGCACAAGCCCAAGGCCAAAAAACAAGUGGACCAAUGGAGGGAGAUGAUUCUAGUGUGGUUGAUGUGAAGGCAAUGAAGAUGAUGGGAUUUAAGAAGCACUUGAAGGAGUUCAUUGUCUCUACUUAUGGUGGAAGCCCUCAUUGUGGUCAAAACUGGCUCCGUCCUUCAGUAGCUCCAAUCAGACUUCAUGUUGCCAUGGAUGAUGUUGAGGAGUUUGAAAAGCUUGAUGGAGAACUUGUAAGUGAUGCUGCAUUAACAUCAGAAUUAGACAUGUCCACACCAACACCUAUUGAAGUUGAUGGUUGA